UCCGAUAAGGACCUCCAGGGGCUCGGCCGCGCCUGGCUCUGCGAUAAGGCCGGCGGUGGAGGGGGUCGCGGGGCGCCGCAGGGAGGUGCGGCGUCAGGAGGUCACAGCGCAGCCACAAGGGACUGGGGCUGGGGACCCAGGCUGGAGGCCGGACUUGGGCGGGGCGUCCGGCUGUGUCACGCCCGCCUCCCUCCCGGGGCCAGGGCCGCUAAAAUGGCGGCGGCGGCGGCGGUGACACCGUCCCGCACAGGGCCCGGGGGCCUGGUCGCCGUGCCGGGGGCCCACUAGCGCCUUCCUGGGCGCCCGCGUCCUGGCCGCGUCCUGGCCCCUGGGGCGCUCGAGCGUGGCCCCUGGGGCCCUCGGUCAGCCCUCCCGGCGCGCCCAUGAACUCCGUGUCGCCGGCCGCAGCUCAGUACCGGAGCGGCAGCCAGGAGGACGCGCGCAGCCCCGAGGGCCGCAGGCCACGGCGCCCCCGAACCCCGGACCCCAACGGCCUGGGGCCCCCCGGAGCCAGCGGCCCCGCUCUUGCGUCGUCCGGGACCGGCCCGGGGGAGCCGGACGAAGUGGACAAGUUUAAAGCGAAGUUCCUGACAGCCUGGAACAACGUCAAGUACGGUUGGGCAGUCAAAAGCCGGACCAGCUUUAGCAAGAUCUCUAGCGUCCAUCUCUGUGGCCGCCGCUACCGCUUCGAGGGCGAGGGUGACAUCCAGCGUUUCCAGCGGGACUUUUUAUCUCGCCUAUGGUUUACUUACCGCCGGGACUUCCCACCUCUCGCCGGGGGCUGCCUGACCUCCGACUGUGGCUGGGGAUGCAUGUUACGGAGUGGGCAGAUGAUGCUAGCUCAGGGGCUGCUGCUGCACUUCCUGCCCAGAGAUUGGACGUGGUCCCUGGGCGCGGGCCUGGGUCCCCCUGAGCCAUCGAGGUUGGCCUCUCCCAACCGGUACCGUGGGCCUGCCCACUGGAUGCCUCCGCGCUGGGCCCAGGCUGCCCCUGAGCCGGAGCAGGAGCGCCGGCACCGGCAGAUUGUAUCCUGGUUCGCUGACCAUCCCCGGGCCCCCUUCGGCCUACACCGGCUGGUGGAGCUUGGGCAGAGCUCGGGCAAGAAGGCGGGUGACUGGUAUGGGCCGUCCCUGGUGGCGCACAUACUCAGGAAAGCUGUGGAGAGCUGCUCAGAGGUCACCCGCCUGGUGGUGUACGUUUCUCAGGACUGCACAGUGUACAAGGCGGAUGUGGCACGCCUGGUGGCCAGGCCAGACCCCACAGCUGAGUGGAAAUCCGUGGUCAUCCUGGUGCCAGUGCGGCUGGGUGGUGAGACUCUCAACCCCGUGUACGUGCCCUGCAUGAAGGAGCUCCUGCGUUCAGAGCUGUGCCUUGGCAUCAUGGGGGGCAAGCCACGCCACUCGCUGUACUUCAUUGGCUAUCAGGAUGACUUCCUCCUCUACCUGGACCCUCACUACUGCCAGCCCACUGUGGAUGUCAGCCAGGCUGACUUCCCCCUAGAGUCCUUCCAUUGCACCUCACCCCGCAAGAUGGCCUUUGCCAAGAUGGACCCGAGCUGUACUGUGGGGUUCUAUGCUGGAGACAGGAAGGAGUUUGAGACGCUCUGCUCAGAGCUGACCAGGGUCCUCAGCUCCUCCUCAGCCACAGAGCGAUACCCCAUGUUCACCCUGGUUGAGGGCCAUGCUCAGGACCACAGCCUGGACGACCUCUGCUCCCAGCCCUCCCAACCCACACUGCGGCUCCCUCGCACAGGCCGGCUCCUCAAGGCGAAACGCCCAAGCUCUGACGACUUUGUGUUUUUAUAAAGGGAGGGGAUGAGGGAGAAGACACGACCCUAUUUAUUUUUUUAUUUAUGUCACUCUGGGUGUGGGAGCUUGAACUCCCCUCCCUGACAAGUGCAGCUGAGAGCAGUCCAGGAAGCCUCCGGGCCGCGGCCAUUCAGCCAGGAACAGAGCCCGCACACCUGCCUCCCACCAGCUGGGCCCUCCUCACCGGGCAGGGAGAGAGGGCCCCCGGGCACCCACUCAGGGCCUGACUCAGUACUGUAGUUUGCACUGGACCGUCCAUGCCCCUCACCGGUCCCGACGCCCCCAUCCUGCCAAGGGCUGGUGGGAGGGAGGAGGGGCUGUGACCAAUGGGGGCUAAUAAAGCUGUUUGACUUGACCUUG